CGCCCGGCCUACACUUUUAAACAUUAAAUUGACAUAAAUUGAAACUCGAUUUCAUCCUUUUCUCCCCCAACCCCAAACACAAAGCCCCACACUUUUAAGAACAAUUUCUGACCUUUAAAUGUGGUGUAUUAUAUCUGGAGUGGAUGCAUUUGAACAGGUUGUCUGGCCUGAGGAGUAAUAGGUUUAGGGAGAAAUAGGUAGAGUAUGAAUAUAAGUGGGGAGAAGACAGGUGGGACACAGAGAAAGAGAAUGAAGGGUAAGAGCCACUUAGAACUGAGAUCAUCUACCCCAGAAGAUAAGGGAAGAUUUGUUAAUAUCUUCAUAUGGAUUUGGGGUAAAUGAGGAAGAAAGAGAAAAUAAUACCAAUAUUUAGAAAUAGUACAGAAUUUAUGUUGGUGGGGGGCAAAGAGUGCUAUUAUUUUGCCAUUCCUAGUGUAUCAUGUUAAUGUAUGAUGUGGCUUCUCCAAAAGCGGAAUUGGCAUGAGAAGGAAGGGAAAGAGUUUAUGUCAGAAAGAAGAAAUAGGGAGUGAAAUAAAGAAGAGGGAUCCAGAGAGCAGCUAAUAGCUAAAAGUAAACCAAGAAAGCUGGAAAAUGUUUGCAUCAUGGAAAGUUGGCUGUGUUGGAAUACAAAGCAACACUUUUCUUCCCCUACCCAAAGUAUGACAUUGAGGGGGUAUAUACAGCAGUCCCUACGAAAAAGAUGGUUUGGAACACCAGCUUGUUUUGCUUUUGAAGGGCCAGCCUCCAGGGUCCCUUUGUGUGAAGCAGUGUCAGCGGGGCUGCGUCUGCCCUGUCAGGGCACACUACCGGGAGGACAUUGUCUCCUGGGUUUUAGACCCUCUCCACCUUCUGAGUAUUCUGGUGCAGGACGGGACCUCAGGCCUUUACUAUGACCCCAGUAGUGUUCCUGUCUUUAGUUUUAUUUGCUUUUCUGAGGCAAAUCAACAUCGUUUGUGUAAUUUGUUGUACGUAUACCCUCUUUGAAAGAGAAGAGAGCAAUAUUUGAACAGAUUUCUGCUACUAGCAGAAUCCUAGUCUGAGAGGAUUUUUAAAAGCAUUUUGCUCUUAAUCAUCUGACGUAGCUAAGUGCCCUGUUCCUGGAAUUUCAGCAUUUGGGUGGGGACUUUUGAUUCAUCUGCAGGUUUAUUCCAGUCCUGGGACUGUCAUCCCUGUGUGAUCUGAACUAUGUCUUUCUAGACUGGUGUAACUUUAAAUUUCCAAUACUUUGGUUGCUUUUUAGAAUAAAGGCAUUUUAAAAUGCUCCUUCUGUUUGUGACUUUAAUGCAGUAAGGAUCUUUAUGGAUUGUUUUCCCCUUAUGGAAACCAUUUGUAAUACUGAGAGAAUAGGUUCAGUUUUUGCACUUGGCACUGUUGUUGGGAAGAAGAAAAAUUCUUCAAAUUCCACUGCUCGGCCUUCUAGGGACUCUACCCUACAGACUGAAAUCCUGGAAGAUCCUAUCAGGAAGUGAAACUUGUAAAGAAUCUUUGUGCUCCUUUGGGGCAUUAUGGAUUAACAAGUUGUAUAAGAAGUCUUGUUUAACCUUCAUAUAAAAUACACUUAAAAAAGAAUCCAGUCCUAGUGACUAAUCUGGAAAUGAGAAUAGGAAACGCCUCACCAUGUGCCAGGCACUGUUUGCAGCACUUUACAUAUGUUACCUCAUUUACUUCUCACAGCAGCCCCAUUUUGUAGUAGAGGAAACCAAGGCUGGGUUCUCUAGUCUGGCUGCACCUCCUGAUCACCACGAACAGCCCAGGGCUUUACCGGAGGUGGCAGAACUGUGAUUUGAACCCAAGCUGCCAUGGCUUCAGGAUCUGUGCUUUUUAGGACUGUGUCAUUGCCCCUUGAACUCUCUCACAAUGAUGAACACAAAUUUGCUUUAGAAACUUGUUUUGCCUUCCACAUUACCGCCGUCUUAAAGUCAGCAUCAGAGUUGGGUUGAAAAAAGAAAGGAAAUCAUAUUCCUUCCCUGAUACUCCCUCCCCAAACCAAAUGACCAAAUGAAAUUGUGGAGACAGUUUCCAUCGAGGAACGGAAAGCUGACUGAAGGAUCUUCCUGGAACAACGUACUAAAAUGCUGGACUGAUCAUUACAGAGGAUGCUGUUGGAGCCGUGUUGAUGUGACAACACACAUCGUUGGUGCCAGAAUUGUUUUUAAUAGCACAAAACCCAUCUUGUUUUACCUUUACAACUGGUGGAUUUGGUGAGCUUCUGAGAGCACUUUUAAAAUUGCUUUUUGCAAUGUAUAUGGAGGCAGUGGGAAGGACCUAGAAUCUGGAGCUUAACAGACUUGAAUUCUGGUCCCAGCACUCUCUUCUGUGGACUUGCGUGACCUUGCGUUUCAUCUCUUGUAAAUGGGGGAGGGGAUAGUAACAGCAAUAGGAUUGGUUUGGUGAGGAUAAGAAGCUAUUAUAUAUGACCGUAUUUUAUUCACAACAAUAGCUGUGUGUGUCAGGCAGUGAGCUGACCAGCACGUCCUUUGUAAGUCUUGGAAUACAUUUUCCAUGGGUGGGUGGUGAGGAAGUGCACGGCUGUCGAUAACGUGCUGCCGGGUCCCAGGAUGGAGGAGUGAAGUCCCCAUCGCCGCGGUUCCAGCCUCCGGAGCUCGCCCAAGCCGAGUCCCCAGAGAGCGCCCUGAGGGAACAGGGUGGCCGCCUGGUCCAGGAAUGUUUACCCUUGCAGAAGUUGCGUCACUUAAUGACAUCCAGCCAACUUACCGAAUCCUGAAACCAUGGUGGGAUGUGUUUAUGGAUUACCUGGCUGUUGUUAUGUUGAUGGUAGCCAUCUUUGCAGGAACCAUGCAACUUACCAAAGAUCAGGUGGUCUGUUUGCCAGUAUUGCCAUCUCCUGUAAAUUCAAAGGCACAUACACCACCAGGAAAUGCUGAUGUCACCACCGACAUCCCGAAGAUGGACACGGCCACCAACCAAGACCAAGAUGGAUGGGCGACAAAUGACAUUUCCUUUGGGACAUCUGCUGUGACACCUGACAUACCUCUCAGAGCCACAUAUCCUCGCACAGAUUUCACAGUUCAAAAUCAGGAGGCAAAGAAAGAGAAGAAAGAUCCGACAGGCCGAAAAACAAACUUGGAUUUUCAGCAAUAUGUAUUUAUUAAUCAGAUGUGUUACCAUCUGGCUCUUCCGUGGUAUUCUAAGUAUUUUCCAUACCUUGCUCUUAUACAUACUAUUAUUCUCAUGGUCAGUAGCAACUUUUGGUUCAAAUAUCCCAAAACAUGCUCAAAAGUAGAACAUUUCGUUUCAAUAUUAGGAAAGUGCUUUGAAUCCCCUUGGACUACAAAAGCAUUGUCUGAGACAGCAUGCGAAGACUCAGAGGAAAACAAGCAGAGAAUAACAGGUGCCCAGACUCUACCAAAGCAUGUGUCUACCAGCAGUGAUGAAGGGAGCCCCAGUGCCAGUACACCAAUGAUCAGUAAAACUGGCUUUAAAUUUUCAGCUGAGAAGCCUGUGAUUGAAGUACCCAGCAUGACCAUCCUGGAUAAAAAGGAUGGAGAGCAGGCCAAAGCCCUGUUUGAGAAAGUGAGGAAGUUCCGUGCCCAUGUGGAAGAUAGUGACUUGAUCUAUAAACUCUAUGUGGUCCAAACAGUUAUCAAAACAGCCAAGUUCAUUUUUAUUCUGUGCUACACAGCGAACUUUGUCAACGCAAUCAGCUUUGAACACGUCUGCAAGCCCAAAGUUGAGCAUCUGACUGGUUACGAGGUAUUUGAGUGCACCCACAAUAUGGCUUACAUGUUGAAAAAGCUUCUCAUCAGUUAUAUAUCCAUUAUUUGUGUUUAUGGCUUUAUCUGCCUCUACACUCUCUUCUGGUUAUUCAGGAUACCUUUGAAGGAAUAUUCUUUUGAAAAAGUCAGAGAAGAGAGCAGUUUUAGUGACAUUCCAGAUGUCAAAAAUGAUUUUGCGUUCCUUCUCCACAUGGUAGACCAAUAUGACCAGCUGUAUUCCAAGCGAUUUGGUGUGUUCUUGUCAGAAGUUAGUGAAAAUAAACUUAGGGAAAUUAGUUUGAACCACGAGUGGACAUUUGAAAAACUCAGGCAGCACAUAUCACGCAAUGCCCAGGACAAGCAGGAGUUGCAUCUGUUCAUGCUGUCGGGGGUGCCCGAUGCUGUCUUUGACCUCACAGACCUAGAUGUGCUAAAGCUGGAGCUGAUUCCAGAAGCUAAAAUUCCUGCUAAGAUUUCUCAAAUGACUAACCUCCAAGAGCUCCACCUCUGCCACUGCCCUGCAAAAGUUGAACAGACUGCUUUUAGCUUUCUUCGCGAUCACUUGAGAUGCCUUCAUGUGAAGUUCACCGAUGUGGCUGAAAUUCCUGCCUGGGUGUAUUUGCUCAAAAACCUUCGAGAGUUGUACUUAAUAGGCAAUUUGAACUCUGAAAACAAUAAGAUGAUAGGACUUGAAUCUCUCCGAGAGUUGCGACACCUUAAGAUUCUCCACGUGAAGAGCAAUUUGACCAAAGUUCCCUCCAACAUUACAGAUGUGGCUCCACAUCUUACAAAGUUAGUCAUUCAUAAUGACGGCACUAAACUGUUGGUACUGAACAGCCUUAAGAAAAUGAUGAAUGUCGCCGAGCUGGAACUCCAGAACUGUGAACUAGAGAGAAUUCCACAUGCUAUUUUCAGCCUCUCUAAUUUACAGGAACUGGAUUUAAAGUCAAAUAACAUUCGCACAAUUGAGGAAAUCAUCAGUUUCCAGCACUUAAAACGACUCACUUGUUUAAAAUUAUGGCAUAAUAAAAUUGUUACUAUUCCUCCCUCCAUUACCCAUGUCAAAAACUUGGAGUCACUUUAUUUCUCUAACAACAAGCUCGAAUCCUUACCAGUGGCAGUAUUUAGUUUACAGAAACUCAGAUGCUUAGAUGUAAGCUAUAACAACAUUUCAUUGAUUCCAAUAGAAAUAGGAUUGCUUCAGAACCUGCAGCAUUUGCAUAUCACUGGUAACAAAGUGGACAUUCUGCCAAAACAAUUGUUUAAAUGCGUAAAAUUGAGGACUUUGAAUCUGGGACAAAACUGCAUCACCUCCCUCCCAGAGAAAGUUGGUCAGCUCUCUCAGCUCACUCAGCUGGAGCUGAAGGGGAACUGCUUGGACCGCCUGCCAGCCCAGCUGGGCCAGUGUCGGAUGCUCAAGAAAAGUGGGCUUGUUGUGGAAGAUCACCUUUUUGACACCCUGCCACUCGAAGUCAAAGAGGCAUUGAAUCAAGACAUAAAUAUUCCCUUUGCAAAUGGGAUUUAAACUAAGAUAAUACGUGCACAGAGGUGUGUAGGAACAAAUUCCUAGAUUGCAAGUGCUCACGUACAAGUUCUUACAGGAUAAUGCAUUUUAGGAGUAGACACAUCUUUUAAAAUAAAAGAGAAGAUGCAUAGAUGGCUGAUAGAAGACAUAACUGAAUGUUCAAUGUUUGUAGGGUUUUAAGUCAUUCAUUUCCAAAUCUGUUUUCUUAUUUUUUCUUUUGGGGAAAGGGAAGGAAAAAUUAUAAUCACUAAUCUUGGUUCUUUUUAAAUUGUUUGUAACUUGGAUGCUGCCGCUACUGAAUGUUUACAAAUUGCUUGCCUGCUAAAGUAAUGAUUAAAUUGACAUUUUCUUACUAUAUCACCUUUUUUGAGGGGUCUUAAUUUACUUUGCUUAAUUGGUGCAAUAUUGCUUUAACUCAGAUCACUAAAGACAGACACAUCAAGUCCAAACUUGUAAAUUUAGAUUUACUAAAAUACUGAUUUAUUUCCUGUUUUAAUUUAAAGCCUCAAAUAAGCACUUCUCACAAUAGUUGACUGGUACUGCUGCUUCUGAGCAUCUCAUGUCAUAGAUUUUAUACUCUUACAGACUUGGAAUGCAUUAGAGAUAUGUGGAUUGUUAGAGGUUUUGUUUGUUUUUUAAGAAUAAGUAACAAUAAAAUAACAAAUUUCUUAAUA